UUCUCCCCGCAGGGCAUGAGCGGAGGUGCCGGGGGCUCGGAGCGGCCCGAGGAGCGGCAGCGGUUCCCCCCGCCCGGCAAGUCCCUCCCCCUCUCGGCUCUGGGGCAGAACGGGCUCCUGCAGGCGCUGGUGCAGGGAGCGGAGCCGCCCGCGGGUGAUGGGAUCAGUGAGGAGCUGCAGCGGGCGCGGGAGGAAUGGGAGGCUGUGGAAGAGAUCCAGUCAGGGCUCGGGGGGACGCCGGCGGUGCCCGCAGCCCCCAUCUCCUUCCGGGAAGCGCUGCACUUCUUCGAGACGGCCGAGCUGGGCGAGUGCAGGCUGCGUGCGCCCAGGCGCAGGCAGGGCCUGGCUGCUCUGCUCCGCUUCCUCUUCGGGCCCCCCCGGCUCCAGCCGCAGCUGCGGGGGGAGCAGGAGCUGGCGCUGGCCAUGGCGCAGUGUGCUUUGGAUGACAACGAGAGCGUGCACAUGAGGAUCCUGCAGACCAUCUACAAGAAACUCACCCGCUCCCACCUGGGCUGCCCGCGCUAUGGAGCGCACUGGGAAGAACUUGGAUUUCAAGGCACAGAUCCCGGGACAGACCUGCGAGGCACAGGGAUGCUGGCCUUGAUGCAGCUGCUCUUCUUCGUCAUGGACCCUCAGAUGCUGCCUCUGGCUCUGGACAUCUUCAAACUGUCCCAGCACGAAACCCAGGAAUUCCCCUUCGGCAUCAUGUCCGUGAACAUCACCCGCAUCGUCCUGCAGGCCCUGCGGGAGGAGCGGCUCUCCCGGGAGUGCAACCGCCGGCAGCAGGUCAUUGCUGUGCUCAACGACCUCUAUGCAGCCGCCUUCCUGCGGCUCUACCGCGUCUGGAAGGGGCAGCACAAGACCAUCGCCGACUCCUGCUUCCUCCUGAAGGAGCUGGAGUCAUCCACCAAAAGGAAGCCGAAGCAGCUCCUGAAAUCCCUGGAAGCCUUUGUGAACCGCAGCCCCACAGCCGAGGGUCCUGACCCCCCAUCCCCUCCUUCCCCUUCCAGCCGGGAGCUCAGCUUCACUGGCCUGUGUGACCUGGAGGGUGAGCCCCGGCUCGGCUGAAACACCGGGAGAGGAUCCAUAGGGAGAGCCCGGAUCGGCUCCUAGUGCCGGUUAUGGGGCUCGCUGGUGGGCGCAGGGCGAGGAGAGGGGCCCCUGGCCGAGCCAGGAGCCUGGAAUGCCACCGAGGGGAGAGAUCUUGUGGCACAAACCCCCCAGAAACAAUCCUUCCAGGCUGGAAUCUGGAUGUGAAGGAGGAAAACGUGGACGAGAGGGUGCAUUUAUCAGCCGUGGGGCUGGGAUAGUCCGUGCGUGUGUCCCACAUUCACGCUCCCAUCUGUACCCCCAGUUUAGCAAUGCUGGAGCAUGGAGAUGGUGUUCCAAAGUACAGUCCCGGCUCCAGCAGCACCCAGGAGGGUGGGAGAUGGCCCACUGGGUGUUACUGCUGGGUGCUGGGGACAGCUCGUCCUCUGCACGCUGGAGUCCCCGGGGUGUCACUGUGUGUGUUGGCACUGACAGAAGUGGUUAGAAGGAGGAAAAAUAGAAUCAACUCAGCUGCUUUGGAUGGAAAAGAG